UCUUGAGCUGCUGCAGUUCUUGGGAUGUAGGGAUGUUCACUGCUGUUAGGAAGGGAGUGCCAGGAAUUUGACCUUUUGAGAGUGAAGGAACGUAGGGGCAGUACAUAGGAAAUGGGAGGAUUUUACUUCAUUGUACAAGAGCAGCCAAGGUACUAAUGAAUCAAAAGAGACUUCAAGUGGAAAACAGAAAGAAGGUUUUGAUUUUUCAGUGAUGUCGUACAAUAUUCUGGCGCAGGAUUUGUUGGAAGACAAUAGUCACUUGUAUAAACAUUGCAGUCAGCCCUUGUUGCAAUGGGGAUUCCGAUUUCCCAACAUCCUUAAGGAACUGAAACAAUUGGAUGCAGAUAUCUUAUGUUUACAAGAAGUUCAGAACAACCACUACAGGCAACAGUUGAAGCCAGUAUUGGAAUCACUGGGUUAUCAUUGUGAGUACAAAAUGCGAACAGGAAACAAGAGGGAUGGCUGUGCUAUUUGCUUUAAACGCUCAAAAUUUUCACUCAUCUCAGCUAGUCCAGUAGAAUUCUAUCGUCCUAAGAUUCAAGUACUGGACAGAGACAAUGUAGGACUGGUACUGCUGCUGCAACCAGUUCUUUCACAAUCUGCUGCUCUUCUGUGUGUGGCAAACACUCAUCUCUUGUAUAAUCCACGACGGGGAGACAUCAAGCUGGCGCAGCUUGCAAUACUCUUAGCUGAGAUUAACAAAUUGGCAUCUGAUGGGACAGGUGGAUACUGGCCGAUAAUCCUGUGCGGAGACUUUAACGCAGUGCCUGAUUCUCCAUUAUACAACUUCAUUAGGAAUGGGAAACUGAUUUAUGAUGGACUUCCAAUGGGAAAGGUAUCAGGUCAGGAGCAAAGCCACAGGGGCCAGAGAGCUUUGACAAAGCCACUUUGGCCACCAAGUCUUGGAAUUUCACCAGCCUGUCAAUACGAAACAUUGAAAUGUCAGCAAAUUCUAAAAGAUGCAGAAAAACCUUUGGAUGCUAAGGACAGUUCUGAAGAAUUAAAAGAUGCCACAAGUAAGAAGAAUUCUCAUCUGGAUGAAGAGACUUCCUCUGCCAUCCAACACAACUUCCGGCUAAUGUCUGCGUACUCCCAUUAUAUAGCAGGCACUGGUAAAGCUGAAGUCACCACCUGUCACUCCAGAUCCGCUGUCACUGUGGAUUAUAUUUUUUAUUCAACAACAGAGCAUAGUACCUUUGCAAACUCAGGAGGAGCUCCCCAUGUUGGUUCCUUGCAGCUUCUUGGAAAACUUGCUCUACUUACUGAACAAGAUCUAUGGACUGUAAAUAGAUUGCCCAAUGAAAACAACUCGUCUGAUCACCUGCCUUUGUUAGCAAAAUUCAGACAUAAACUUUGAUAUGAUAAAAGCUGCCUGAUGAUUUCUUCCUUCUGUACCUAUUCAGUAUCUGAUCCAAAAUUAUACAUUGUGGGGUAAAAGAAAAAUUGUGUAUCAUUUUUCACUUUUGAUAAACUUCUGUCUGAAAGCUGGAAAUAAUAAGUCUAUUUUUUACCUUUUAUAAACACUUGUGUAAUAAUACUGUAAAAUUUUGCUGUUGUUAAAUACAAUGAAAACUAGUGCAAAGGCAUAAUUCAGAAUGUUAGAGGGAUACCUUUCAUUGUGCCUAAAAGGUGGGAAAAGUAAAUAAUUCAUUUUAUUUAAUAUGGUUAUUGUUAAAAUAUUGCCAGAAAGCUUUAGUAUUUGGGAAGAGCAAACGAAGAGUUGCUUGGUUUGAAACUAGGCAGCGAGCAAGAGUGAAAGGAAAAUACCAAGGAGAUGGGAUCCAGCUGGCAAAUGGGAUGUAGGGCAAAGACUUUUACAGGUUGAGGCUAAAAGCAAGAUUUUUGUGGUACUACGCAGAAUGAAGCUUGGGAACAACUGGUGGAGGGAGGGGAGGUGUAGUCAAUAUUGCAAAUCUGCGUUUGGAUGAGGGAGUGAAUAGUACAGUAAUUGGAACAGGGAUAAUGUGGAUGAGACUGAGUAAAAUCAGUGGAGACUGCAAGUUGUCUUACUAAUUCAUCAUUCUGUAUCAUGAAUCUUUUCUUUCACCCGCUCCACCUCCAUUUAACUAUUCCUUUCUAACCUUAAUUCAGAUGGUUCCGACCAAGUACUUACAGCACAAUAUGGAUAUGCUUCAAUGAUAGGAUGCUUCAAUGAUGAAUUGCAGUACAAACCCUAAGUAGGAAAUCAACAAAAGGAGAUUUCUAUAGAUUAAUGCCAUAAUAUGUGUUUGUGUUUCUUUUAUGGUCUUCAAAGUUAGUGCACAGAAAAAACGUCAUGGAAAUUUGCUCCCUGUAUUUUUGUAUUUUCUAAGAGCAGAAAAUUAAAAUGUAAGAAGGCAAAAUGCAGAAGCGAAAUUGCUAUGGGGGUUGUAUCAGUGAUUGAGGUCUAGGAGAUUUCAAGAUUCCACAAUUAAGGUGGAGGAGUUAGUCCAGACUGACAUGAGGAGGAUAAAUGAGUCAUUAGAGGGAAGUGGGGGGGAUUGAGAUGAAGAUUAAAAUCAUCAGAUAAGGGAUCAUUCAGUACAGCCCGGUCUGAGAGCAGAAGAAAGUAUUAAAUUUCAAUGAGAAAGUGGCAAGAGACUCCUGCAAAUGAUUGCAGCAGUUAAAGAUAUGACAGAAAGAGAAACUCGGAGAGAUGACUUUAAUGAUUGGAAAAAUAUUGUCAUCCAGUAGCCUAGAAUCACAAAGACUGGAGAAGUCAAUGAUGAGAAAAAUCUUAUUCAGGUGUAACCUUGGCUGGAUGAUAGCAUUUGAGUCAGUGGGUCAGAUGGUCAUGGGUUCAAGUCCCAGUGUGGAGACUCGAAGGAUAAUCGAAGCUGGUACUUCAUUGCCUGAAUAAGAGUGUGCUGCAUCUUUGGAAGUGCCAUCUUUUGAAGGAGAUACCAAACAGGAGGCCCUGUAUGGUCUUAGUUAGAUGGAAAAAUCCCACAGAAUUGUUUGAAGAUCAGUACCUGUGCUGGUAAUUUUAUACCCCAUUUAACGCCAGCAAAUCUAGUUCUGUGUGGGAUUUGCUGUAUGAAAAUUGGCUACCAUGUUUUGUACAUUAAAACAGUGUUUACACUGUUAUUUUAUUUAUGUUUUAAUUGUAUUUCAGAAACUGUAAAAUGCUUUGCAACAUGCUGACAUGAUAAAAGGUACUAUAUACAUGUGA